GGUGUGGCUUCUCAGAGGUGGGUGGGCCUGCCUCGCCGUAGGAAGGCAAGUUAGCUGCCAGCUGCGGUCAAGAGCCCGCCACUCUGUGCGCGAUGCUGUUCUGGACUGCGCUCAGCCUGGCUUUGAGUUUGCGGCUGGCACUGGCGCGGAGCGGCGCAGAGCACAGCCCCUCACAUCAGCCCCCCCAGGGGGACCUGUUGUUCCUGCUGGACAGCUCAGCCAGUGUGUCACACUAUGAAUUCUCAAGGGUUCGGGAAUUUGUGGGGCAGCUGGUGUCUACGAUGCCUUUUGGCCCUGGGGCUGUGCGUGCUAGCCUGGUGCAUGUGGGCAGCCGGCCAUACACAGAGUUUACUUUUGACCAACACAGUUCAAGCCAGGCUGUACAGGAUGCCAUACGUGUCACGUCCCAACGUAUGGGUGACACCAAUACAGGCUUGGCACUGGCUUAUGCCAAGGAGCAGUUGUUUGCUGAAGUCGCAGGUGCCCGGUUAGGGGUUCCCAAGGUACUGGUGUGGAUGACAGAUGGGGGUUCCAGUGACCCCGUGGGCCCCCCUAUGCAGGAGCUCAAGGACCUGGGUGUCACCGUCUUCAUUGUCAGCACUGGCCGAGGCAACCUGUUGGAGUUGUCGGCAGCUGCCUCAGCUCCUGCUGAGAAGCACCUACACUUUGUGGAUGUGGAUGACCUUCAUAUCAUUGCCCCAGAACUUCGGGACGCCAUUACUGAUGCGAUGCAGCCACAGCAGCUCCGGGCCUCGGAGGUUCUGUCCAAUAGCUUCCGCCUGUCCUGGCCGCCCCUGCUAACAGUGGACUCUGGUUACUACGUGCUGGAGCUGGUGCCCAGUGACAAGCUGGUAACCAAAAGACGCCAACAGCUGCCAGGGAAUGCCACCAGCUGGAUCUGGACCGACCUCAACCCGGACACAGAUUAUGAAGUAGCGCUGCUGCCCGAGUCCAACCUGCGCCUCCUGAGGCCCCAGCACCUACGAGUACGCACGCUGCAAGAGGAGGUCGGGCCGGAACGCAUCAUCAUCUCGCAUAGCAGGCCGCGCAGCCUCCGCAUAAGUUGGGCUCCUGCUCUUGGCCCGGAGUCUACUCUCGGCUACCAAAUACAGCUCGGGCCUCUGCAGGGCGGCUCCCUGCAGCGCGUGGAGUUGCCCGCUGGCUGCAACAGCACCACCAUCCAGGGCCUGACGCCCGGCACCACUUACCUGGUGACUGUGACUGCCGCCUUCCGCUCUGGCCGCGAGAGGGCGCUAUCGGCCAAGGCCUGUACGACCUUGGGCGAGCGGACCCGCGAACCGCGGCCAGAGGCCAGACCGCCAGAACCGUGAACUGCCUGCCCCGCCCACCCGAGGGUCCCUCUUUCCCUAGCUCAGUGAGGGAGGCGCCGCCGCUGCGGAACCGAGUUUUUUUCUCGGGGAUGGGAUGGGGUGGGGGGGAUGGGGAGAUGGGGUGCCGGUCCUACCUUUGACCCGCGUGACUCCCCCCAGUGGUUUCCCUGCUGGUCAUGCUGGGCACCGUCCUCGCCUGACUCCUGGGAACCCUGUGGGCACCCUGGUAGCCGCAAUGGCAGUCCUCUCCGGUUGCCAGAGGAGUUGAGGAUACAGAGGUCUUUGAGCAGCAUUUGGCGGGGAGAUGGGCAGUGUCUGAGAGCCGAUUGAGGACAUAAGGCAAGCAAGCAUUUAGGAGAGGAGGCCGCAAGGUUUCCUACCUGUGCCAAAGGCGGGGCCCUCCGGUAGCGAGGACUUCACAUGGCUUGGAGCCCAGGACCAUUCAGGUCUUGCUUGUGCUUGGAAAGUGGGAGGAAGAACGGGAGGAGAGGCUGGUGCAGGCAGGAUUCCUAAAGGCUUCUUGAGAGUUGGAAGGUUAGGGAGGGGAGUAUUGGGAGACUGGUGAUGUUGCCAAGUAGCUUUCAGCAGGAUCCUCUGCUAGCCCAGAGGAUCCUGCCAGAGACACUGGCCCUGCCUUCCUGCCCAGGAUCUGCAAUAGGGAUGCAGUCUUUUCGCAGAAAUGGGAUGAGACCUUGGGGAUGGGAGACCCCCGUGCUGUGACAGGCUCUAAGGGAGGCGUCUGUUUUAGUGUAGGAAGCUUUGUAGGGGAUAGGAACAAACAACAGUCCCCCUGGGAAAGUUCACUCCAAGGACUCUGCAACAUCGAACGCUGAGGUGUUGGGCUGGCAGGCUACCUACCUCCUGUCAUUACCUACUUCCAGGGGCUUCUGACAGACAGCUAAGGGUGGUCAGAAACAGGCUUCCCCUCAAGCCCCUAUUCAGGCAGAGUCUCUCCUCCCAGAAUCACUUGUCCCAACCCAAGCUCACUUUAUCUCUCUUCCCCACUAACGACCUAAAUUCUAAAAUACAGUCAAGUCAGUUACAAA